AUGUCUUUUGUGAUGGGAAGUGUUGAUUGCUAUUGUGGUCGUAGGGCUGUGAUACGGACCUCGUGGACGAACGAGAACCCUGGUAGGCGCUUUCAUGCUUGCUUGAAGAAAGAGGAAGGAGGAGGUUGUGUUUUCUUUGACUGGUAUGACCCCCCAAUGUGUCGUAGGGCCAAAUCACUAAUUCCUGGACUUUUGAAAAAGAUGAAUGCAAGUGAAGAAGAGAUUUUGAAGCUGAAGGCAGAGACAUUAAGUUUGGCUGCAAAUAACAGAAAAUUAAAGAAAAUUAUUCUUGUGUUGGUUCUUUUGGUUGUGUCAAUUCUCAUCAUUUUGAAGAACUGA